UUGUUAUAUAAUUAUCAUCUUACUUUGCCAUUUCAGUUGGUUUAUAAAAAUGCAAACGGAAAACAUUUUUUGUUGAGCGGUUCAAGAGAUCGAACGAUACGAUUAUGGAAAUUCAAUUGUGCAUCACCCGUUCAAACUUUUCAUGGCCAUCAAAUGGCUAUUAUGGGAGUUGCAGCACUUGAUGGUAUACAGUUUUUUCACGAUGUUAGCUGCAUCUCGGGAUCACGAGAUACGACACUGAAAACCUGGGAUAUAAGUACCGGACGAAAUACUCGAACUGUUGAGCACUCCAGAAAUGUUGUUACCCAUCUAAUAUACAAUAAGACCAGAAAUCUGUUGGCACAGACAUCUGAAGACAAGCAGUUGAAAAUUUGGGAUCCAUAUAAUCUGAAUUUGAUUCAUGGAUUUCCAACAAAAUAUCAUAUCUUAAAACACUGCGAUGUAUCAGCAGACGGUAAUUAUUGUAUCACUUCCAGUGGCGGAACAAAUGGUGAUGGCUGUGAAAUCACUCUCUAUGAUCUAAGGCAGCGAAAGUUACUUCGAGAAUAUAAGGGACACGAAGAGACGGUUAACUGUGCGGUGUUUCUUCCACAACAAUUAAUUCAAAAAUCCUUAAUGCUUAGUAUAUCGGCUGAUGGAACAAUAAAAAUUUGGGAUCUUCAUCUUGGCGGAUGUCUAUCUAGUCAAAUGGCACCAGUAAAUGUUGACCUUUUGUCAUGCGUUGCAUUCAACGAUGGAAAGUUAGUGGUUUUUUCCGUGAUACCUAUCUGUAUUAGUCUACCCUUUACUAGUUUGGCCUUAUCUUGUAACGAUACUGUUCUCAGAACCAAAUUUAUUCACUGUUACUGUAUCAGCGUUACGUCGUUAAGAAAAAAUGAAAAUCUAUGACA